AUGUCUAUUGGAGUCGCAAUCAUUGGAAGCGGAAUCUUCGUGACGGAAGAGCACCUGCCCGCCGUCAAAGCCAGCCCGAACCUCACUCUCAAAGCCAUCUACUCGCGCUCUCUCAAAUCUGCACAAGCUCUCAACACUGGAGUUGACCUGUACUCGGAGGACUCGGGUGACGGAAAGACAUACGGCGAUCUGCUGCUCCGCGAGGACAUCACAGCCGUCAUCAUCGCCCUCCCAAUCCUUGCGCAACCCGAGUUCAUCGAGCAGGCUCUCAUCGCCGGCAAGCAUGUCCUCUCUGAAAAGCCGAUUGCAGGAAACAUCAAGCGUGCGGAGGAAUUAAUCCAAUUCUAUAAGGGCGAAAGGGUCAAGCAUGGUGCAACGUGGGCUGUGGCAGAGAACUUCCGGUUCUUGGACUCGUUCAAAUUCGGUAGAGAGCAGGUUGAGAAGCUGGGCAAGGUCCUAGGGUUUAGGGUUAAGCAAGCUGGCAAGGUCAAGAUGGGAGGGAAGUACUUUGAGACUGCUUGGCGUAAGAGGCCCGACCAUCAAGGCGGCUUCCUCCUCGAUGGUGGUGUUCACUUCGUUGCCGGUAUCAGACUUCUGCUGGGUAACAACGCCAAACCUACGGCCUUGUCCGCCUUUACACACCUCCUGCAAGAACAUCUUGCUCCGGUCGAUACUGUCGAUUCUAUAUGGCAGACGAAGUCCGGGGUCACAGGCACAUUCUCAGCUUGCUUUGGAACUACGCUCUCUGGUAGCGAGUAUACAGUAGCCUGUGAAAAUGGCAGUGUAACGGUCAUCGUCAGGGAGAAAGUCAUCGUUCGCCUGGGAGAGGAGUCUGACAAGAAUUUUAAAGAAGAAUGGUUCAAGGAAGAAGGCAGUGGUGUCAAGCAGGAGGUCAAGGCUUGGGCACAAAGUCUUGUUGACCGCAAGCCUCUUCCAGCACAAUCUCCUGAGGAAGCCCUCAUCGACCUGGAGAUUUUGGAGAAGAUGCUGAGGAGUGGGGAGCAAAACGGACAGUUGCAGGCUUUGAAUUACUAG